CGAAAUUCAAACUUGAUACCGAGGCUUCGGUAUUGACUGAGAAAUAACAAAAUCUACCAUAUACGAUACUCCUGAAGUUUGAAGUUUAAUACAAAUUUAAACAUUUUUCCCCCGGAAAGCCUCGAUAUCGUGCUGAAAUUCAAAURUCUCGAACUUGCAAGGCUUAUUGAGACUCCGGACCCGAAAUCAUCUGCUUGGCCCAUCAACCUAUAAGACAUUGACUACAAACGCUUGCCUGAAAAUGUAAUAUUUAUGAAUUUUACUCACUGAAACCUAAAUACAAUCCAACAAAGAUCUUCUCUAGCCAAGAAGACCAACUGAAAUUCCGAUCCAAAACCCCUUUGGACCAUAAAUAAUGACUAAAGACACACAAGACAGCGACUACAAAUGCACUGGAAAAAGAUGCUACGAAAAAAAAAAACAAACAACACAUUUCUCGUCUGUCGAGGCUUCUCGACAAAGGUUAACUUGAUGAGAUCAAGUUGCUGUCCGGAGCCUUAUCCAGACAUCACAUUCUACAUCCACAUUCGUCGGGACCCAGGCUUUUAUCUCUUUAACAUCAUUGUCCCAUGUAUGUUCCUUACCAUGCUAAGUGUCCUGACCUUCCUGCUUCCUCCAGAGUUCGGCGAGCGUAUCACCUUGGUAAUAGAAUCCUUCUUCGCCAUGGCGGUCAUCAUCUUGAAUGUCUCUGAUCAAAUCCCCGUCACUUCAGAUGCCACGCCUAUCCUCGUGCACAUGCUUCUGAUAUCCAUGUUUCAAAUAGGAGGAUGUCUUGUUGCAAAUGCCAUCGCCUUGAAUCUUUAUAAAAACUAUGAGGUUCCCGAGUGGGUGCGAGUGGUGAUCUUACAUUACCUUAGCAGAUGCCUGUUUAUGAAAUCAGCAGGAGAGAUUGAGUCUCCAGCCCCAGUGGAUAUGAGAAUGCUCGACGACGCCAACCAUCACCAAACGAAAUUAGCAGGAGCAAAACAUUACAACGGUCCCUUGGAUUCCAGAGCCAAGAUUACCACAAAUCUCGACGGUCUCGGCCUUAAACAAAUGUACGACCCAUUUGACACACCAGACAUGGCCAAGAUUGCAGAUGGGUUCCAGGAGUUAGCAAGGCACGCGGUCAGAGAGAAUGAAAGCGAUAAAGAUCGGGAGUUCAUGCACUUUACUUGUAUCGUCAUGGACAGGGUUUUUUUCAUAUUAUUCUUUUUCAUUUUAACCGGUUCGUUUUGGAAGAUUUUUGGUGAAGUUCCAGCUCAUUAUUUUUAAAUAUUGGGAAAGGAAACGUUGUUUUCGAAAAGAAAACGUUGUCUAGGGCUUUAAUUACACAUUCGUGUGUGCGGUUUUUUAACUUGGGUCCCGAGCCAUCUCAGACAUUUUUGGCAAUGAAUCAAGAAAACAUCGUCAAACAGCAUAAGUUUUCUUGUGUCAGUAAAAUGACUCGCGCGUGCGCAAUAUUUUUUUUCGAAAGGACCCUUAACUACUUAAAAUUAUCUGAAAUGUGCUAGGCUAACAUGUAAUGAAAAAUAAAGACAAAAAGGAAAAAAGGAAAAAAGGAAAAAAGAAA